ACAUCUUCCUGGGUCACGACAAAAGAUGACGUUGUUAGGGGCGGACGCUUCCCCCGAUCCAACGAUGCCGGACGUCAGCUGGCUGGCGACGCUGCCGUCUCAUCCCAUAUUUGAGACAGCUAGCCCGUCAGCGCCUCGACCGCCUCGUCGCGCAAUGGCGAUACGCAACACCGAUCUUCUUGUUGCAACGGGAGGCGAGAUCCGUAUGGCGUCUCUACUGGAAGUCAAACACCACGGAUCGGGGGGAAUAACACCACAGAAAUCUUCUUACAAGAUUCUGACGUCGAGCAAACUCGACUUCAAUGUGGUUUCGCUCCUUGUGAACCCUACUGGCAAGCUCCUCAUUGCUGUGGGGACGCACAGAGUCGCCGUCGUGGUGCUGCCCAGACCGGGCACUGUCAGCUCCGUGGGCUCUUCUAUCGCGGUCAAUGCUGGCUUGAUAGGAAGGUACUGGCACCACGAGAGCUCUGGAAGAAUGGGCGCCGUUGCCGACUGCAAAUGGCACCCUUGGGGCUUUAACGGCACGAGCCUAAUGAUUCUGACCAAAAAUGGUCAGCUAAGAGAGUAUGACGUAUCGGAAGACACCGAGGAGCCGGUGCAGACCUUGUCCCUGCUUCCGUCGUCGUCUACGGCAAAGAGUAGUCCUGUCACGUCGAAGUAUCAGCGCCGUCGGUCGACGCGGUCAAGGUCUCGAUCGAGGUCUGCAACGCCCUCAGCAUCGGUGAUGAAGCGGACGGGUAGCCAUGCGUUGCCCAGGAGCGUCCGAUCAGGGAGCUCAAGGAUCGGUCUGGACAUCUCAGACGAGGAAGAAGACUUCGAAGACAUCGGCGAUGCAUCGCUUCAGACCCAGAGAAAAUGUAAUGGUGCUGGGACAGAUAAGAGCGCAGUGGCAUUCACUUUCGGUCUCGACACUCGCUCUAUGGGCAAGAAGUGGAAUGGCCAGGACGACGAGGGCCAGAGCAGCGCGACGUCUUCCUCUGUCCCCUUGGAUUGGAAUCCGCUCACCGUAUUCGGUUUGCGACGGGACGGCGACGUCUACGCUAUCUGUCCGUUCCUUCCCAAGAGAGCAUCAAUACCGAGCGCCUACAUUCAUGCGCUGUCUUCCUAUGUCUCGUUAACCAGCUCCACCUCGAUCACCUCGUCCUCAUCGAUGCUGCAGAGAGAUCUUCAGCUCCGCUUCCUCUCCUCAAUUCUGAAACAAGCACAGAUCAGCCGGGGGCAGAAUGCAGCAAAGCGUCGGAGGAGCACCUCAGUCGAGCCACAAUUAUCACGUAGAAGGAGGAGCGUCUCUGCGACGCCCAUGAGCAUCGAUCCACGGGCAUCAGAGCCACCAGAAGACGAGUGGGACGUCGAGAUCGAAGAAGAUGUCUUGAUCGAGGCUCCGACUGCUCCAAUAGUCCCUUCUUUGCCCCAGCUUCAAGGCCCGUUCCUUUUCACCCCUGAACCUCAUGAGUUGUCAACGGAGCGAGAAAGCAACGCAACGGACAUGUUUUUCGCAAGGGUAGUGCCAUCUGAGCAGGAAGAGGGGCAAGCGGUACACGUCUUUGGCAUCGUCGGCGAUGAUGGCCGCCUCGACUUGUGCGUGCUCCUCGACUCGUUGAGUCCGAAGUGGCCCAAAGGAGCAAAGUCGACCAUGAAGGUCCACUCGAGUGGUCGCUAUGCUCUCUCGGACACAGACGAUGAAGACUCUGACCUUGAUAUGCAGUCGCAGGCGGAGCAGUCGCUUCCUUCACUUCUUGUGUACGAGACGGUGGACUUGGGAGUUCUCGAGGCUGUAGGGGGAAUAGGGACAGCUACACUCGACAAUAUCGAUGCAGCACUCACCUAUUCUACGGCAGCGUUCGAGCCGGACCCUCUCUACUCGGACACGAUCUAUGUCCACCAUAUUCUUGGUGUUCACGCUAUCAACUUUGGAAAGUGGGCUCGCUUGCUUGCUGCUGCCGUUUCUUCUCUCGACGAAGAGGAUCGCCCGACGUCGGUCAGAACACCAACCAAGAACGGCAGUGGACAGGGACCUUCAGCUUUGGAGCGCUUUCUUCACAGAAGCGUUCCGACGGACAUUGCCUGCAUCGUCAAGACAGCUCCACCUUCGUUUGGGGACGUCAGCAACACGGCCAUCCCUGUUGUUGGGGUUGCCAUCGUCAGCGAUAUCUAUCUUUCUUACUCAUUCUUGGCCUUGACGGUACAUGGCCGUCUGGUCAGCCUGGAGCUCGACCUGAGGAGCGAAGAGGAAGACGAUGAGGAUCAAGCUCGUGAAGCAGCCAACAACACGUCGCUCGCCUCCUCGAGUCAAAGUUGGCAGCAGCAACGACCACCUGUCUACACUAGUCUUCUGGGCGACGGCCCGGCUUUCAAAGUACCAGAGCCAUUCAGCCAAGGCAGUGGACUGCCGUCGCAUCCUCGCUCGGCCCUUGGGAAGGCGGGCGGUAGCGGAGAGCUGCGCGUAACGCCUGAAACGCUCCGAUUGCUCGCCACCACGGUCGAGGAGCUGAGAUUGGAGAUGCGAAAAUUAGUCAGGGGUGGAAACGUCACCCAGGCCCGUCUAGACCUUGAGGUCCGGGAGCUGGCGAGGCAACUGUCCAAGCUCGUCGAAGCCAACAAUCGAGCUGGUGGUGAAGGCACUGACAGCUCCAUUCGCCAGAGAAUGGAGAGGGUAAUGGAACGGCAAAGGAAGUUGAUGAAAAGGACCGACGGAAUGCUGCAGAAAUUGAUGGAGAAGCAUCACCCUCAACUGAGCAUAUACGAAGAACAGUGGUUUCAGGAGCUUGAUGGGCUUUCCCGUGAAGUGGGAGAGCAAGGAGGCGAACGGGGAAAUCGGAGCGGUCUUACCGCAAAGGUCGAGCAGUUGCAACAUCAAUUCUCGCUUCUGAAGCCCGACUUAGAAGAGUUGAAGCGCGAACAAAGCGAUCGGUCAUCGAUCGGGCAGCGCUCGAGCGCCACCUUAGGCACUAAGCAGCUCAACGCCGUGGAAAGACUGCUCUCGAGCGAGUCGAACUUGCUCAUUGAGGCGAGGAACAAGGUUCAAGAGCUCAACCACCGCAUUGCACAGGAAGCAAGAGCGGAUGUCCUCCAGUGAUAAUUACUUGUGUCACCAGUAGAUCAACGCUCCGACUCUCUAUAAUGAUGAUGAUGAUGAUGAGA